GUCUGCUCCGUUCUUCACAACCAUUGGAAGAUGGACUUAUUAGGUUUCUACAGCUGUUGGAAUGGUUACCAGAAACAAAGGUCAACAGAAGUGAUUGUUAUAAAAGACACAAGCACAGAUCCAAACCUCAUUAUUGUUAGUUUCAGAGGCACUGAUCCUUUCGAUGCCGAUGAUUGGUGUACAGACUUGGAUCUCUCCUGGUACGAGGUUAAGAAUGUGGGAAAGAUCCAUGGCGGAUUCAUGAAAGCUUUAGGGCUUCAAAAAGAAGGAUGGCCAAAAGAAGUAAACUAUGACCAAACCCAAAACGAAACAACUCUAUAUGCAUACUACACUGUUAGGCGUCACUUAAAAGAAAUUCUCGAACAAAACCCGACGUCCAAAUUUAUAUUGACCGGACAUAGCCUAGGUGGGGCUUUAGCAAUUCUAUUCACGGCUGUUUUGGUGAUGCAUGAUGAGGAGCAAAUGCUAGAGAGGCUAGAAGGAGUUUACACAUUUGGACAGCCACGCGUAGGCGACGAGGAGUUUGGAAAGUUCAUGAAAGAUUCGUUGAAAAAGUUUGACGUGAAGUACGAAAGAUAUGUUUAUUGCAACGACAUGGUUCCUAGGUUGCCUUUCGACGACAAAACACUAAUGUUCAAACACUUUGGGGCAUGCCUUUACUAUGACAGUUUCUACAAAGGAAAGGUAGAGGAAGAAGAGCCAAACAAAAACUACUUUAAUCUCUUAUGGGUUACACCAAAGAUAAUGAAUGCAAUGUGGGAGUUGAUACGUAGUUUCGUCAUACCUUAUUGGAAAGGUGGAGAGUUUAGAGAAGGAUGGUUCUUGAGGUGUUUUAGGGUUGUUGCAUUGUUGAUCCCGGGAUUACCUGCUCACUUUCCUAAUGAGUACAUCAAUGUUACUCUUUUGGGUGACUUACCUGACUCGCAUCUUGAUUAAAUUUUGACGAAGUCAGUUCCAAAUUCUUUUGAA